AUACACGAUACAUAUUAGUGUGUUAUCCUGUUUGUUGACAUAAGUACGAAUCGAUACACAUUACAUUUAUACACUCUAUUUAUAUCGGAGCAUAUGUAUUAUAGGACAUAGGUUAUUCAAUUCAGACUUAAUGAAUAAGCAGCAUACAAGCUCGUGACAGAAUACAUUGUUGUCUCGUACGAAGAAUUUUUAAAAUUCAGGAACGACAACUCUCAUUGGCUAAAUGCACUGUAAAAACGAACUUCAAUUUAUAUUUUGAGUGUCCUGUCAUAUUGACAAUGAUAAUAAGUGUAUGCGACAUUCUAAGCAGACUUCGGACAAGCUUAAAACUAACCCGAUCUUACUGUACUACAAAAACGUCUGUAGGAUGCAAAAGCAAUGGAGCACCAUGUAAAAGGUUGUUCAACCAAAGGUAUUUUCCGGAAGGUAUCAGUGACUAUGUUACCAGUGAAGUUUUGAAGUUUUCGCCCAGCAUUCCUGUCGAGGAAGCUAUCACCCCACCCGCAAGCUGGUACACUCAACAACAAUUUCACACCCUGGACAAAGCCUCUGUGUUCAGGAAACACUGGAUCCCAGUGGGCCGAGUAGACCAGUUGGAAGAACCAGGUCAAUACAUUUCAGGCUUUAUAACGGACGAUCCUUAUCUGGUGACACGUGACGAAUCUGGGCAGCUACAAGCAUUCUACAAUAUCUGCCGCCAUCAUGCCACACUUCUUGUAGACGACAGCUGCGGAACAGUAUCUAAGUUCCAGUGUCCGUACCACGGAUGGACAUAUACACUGAGUGGACGGCUAGCAAAAGCAACAAGACUACGAGGAAUAAAAAACUUUAACGCUAAAAAUUUCGGCUUGAUACCACUUGAGGUAACAACAUGGGGACCUUUGGUUUUCAUUAAAUUGUCAUCAACUGAGGUCACAAAUUCGUCCGACGAACUUAGUGAAAGGUUAAAAGAAGUCAAAACAAGGCUUGACAAAAUGGGACUCGAUAAUCUUCGUUUUGUGGAACGACGUCAUUAUCGCGUCAAUUGCAAUUGGAAAGUGUUCAUUGACAAUUAUUUAGAUGGCGGAUACCAUGUAGAAUACGCCCAUAAAGAUUUGGCAGGUUUGAUUGAACCAAAAGACUAUAAAACAGAGGUGUUUGAUGGCUUUUCUUUUCAGAGCUCCUCUGGUAAUAAAGGAGAAAAAGAAGGUCAGGAUAGAAUCGGGAGUGCCGUUCUAUUUUCUCAUGUUUAUCCAAAUUUAUUUAUAAAUCGUUAUGGACCAUGGUUAGAUUUCAAUUACACAUAUCCAAUAGACUCUGAAAAUUGUGAAGUUGUGUUUGACUGGUAUUUAGAAAAAGAUGCAAUGAAUGAACUCAAUCCCACAGAAAAGGAAGCUAAAAUUGCUGAUGACAUUCGAGCUAGUGAAAAAGUCCAGGAUGAAGAUAUAGUUUUGUGCGAGAGAGUACAAAAAGGUUUGCGUUCAACGUCAUUCGAAUGGGGAAGAUACGCCCCAGGGGUGGAGCAAGCCGAUCACAAGUUCCAUGUUGAAUUAGCUAGUGAUUACAGGGAUUAUCUAAACAAUAUGAGACCGGAAGUACUAAAACAGUAAUGAGCAUAUUAAGGAGGCUCUGGUAAUCUAGACUUUGUUUUACGAUAUUCCAAGAACAUCGUUUUAUACGAACUAAAUUGAGUGUCGAAAUGAAGACAAUGGUAUUGAUAAUAGAGAUCAAUAAAUUUCUUAUUUAUUUCAUACUAUUUCACGGUGUGACGAUAUUAAUGAUAUACAUGCUAAUUACAAUGUUGCGAUAUAAACUAAUGAUGACUGACAUACAAAUUCGAUGUUUGGUUUUAUGUGUUACAAAAAUACUAUUUCAAUGCAAUAAUAAAUGUAAAAGUAUGACACUGCUUAUUAUAGCCAGUAAUACGUAGUCGGCACUUACAAUUCAAUUGAUUCAUUA